AUGUGGCUGCAACCGCUGGUGAUGCAUUUGAGCCAAUUGCUCCGGAUUAUAGUUGGUCAAUACUUUGCUGGAUUUUCGUCCAUUUUGAUUGUCUACAAUAACUCUGGGUCUACAACUCCCCUUCAACUGGAUUAUAUGAGUGCUUUAGAAUUGGUUCUUAGGGACUUAAGUCAACCCAUUAGGCUGCAAUGGAUUAAUGUGGCACUAUUAGAGGAUCUGGAGGCGGUGGAGAAUCAAGUUAUGGGUGCUCUAAAUAGCAGUGUAACAGAGGGGUUUGUCACCAUCUUGUCUCAGACCAACUACUUUCUCCACUCCCGAUACUAUGUCACUCGCAAUGCAAAUGUGCGACUCAAGGAUAAGAGAUACCUGUUCCUGUGCGAGGACGAAAGCCCCGCGGAAUUGCUCGGCAUGGCUAUACUGCAGUUCUACCCCCACCAUCUGAUGGUGCGACCCGGAAUCGAAACUGUAGGAGCAGGACCAAAAACAGGACCCCAACCAGACCCCAGGCGCAAAGCGGGAGCAUCGGUAAACAUGGGAAACAAGGAGGAUGGAGUGGGCGGAUUUGGUGGGACAACAAGGACAACAGGGACUACCAGGAGUACUGGGAGUUUUGGGCCGACAACCCCUUCGCCCUACCGCGACAUCAAUUUCGAGCUGUGGACACAAAAGUUUGUCGGUGCCUUUGGUAAUUUGGAUGCCCUGCUCCUGGACGCAUUCUUGCCGAACGAAACUUUUGCCAACCGGGUCGAACUUUAUCCCAACAAGCUGCUCAAUCUGCAGCGCCGCAGCCUGCUCGUUGGCUCCAUUACUUAUGUCCCAUAUACGAUUACUAAUUAUGUGCCCGCUGGCCAAGGUGACGUGGAUCCCAUUAACCCGCACAGGCCCAACCGUUCGCUCACCUUCGACGGGGCGGAGGCCAAUGUGAUGAAGACCUUCUGCCAGGUGCACAACUGUCACCUGAGGGUCGAGGCUUAUGGUGCCGACAACUGGGGUGGUAUUUACGAAAACGAAUCGAGCGAUGGGAUGCUGGGGGACAUCUACGAGCAGCGUGUGGAGAUGGCCAUCGGGUGCAUCUACAAUUGGUAUGAUGGCAUUACAGAGACCUCGCAUGCCAUAGCUCGUUCAUCGGUGACCAUUUUGGGUCCAGCUCCCGCACCCCUACCAAGUUGGCGCACUAACAUAAUGCCUUUCAAUGACCUCACUUGGCUUAUGCUGAUUGCGACUUUAAUGAUAUGCGGCACCUUUCUGUACUUUAUGAAAUAUGUGUACUAUAGCCUGGGGUAUUGUCCAAAUCAGUACGGGUUUCAUCACACCAGAAAGCUUGAGAAAUCCAUGCUGGACAUAUUUGCUCUUUUCAUUCAGCAGCCAUCGGCUCCUGUGAGCUUCGAUCGAUUUGCACCACGCUUUUUCCUGGCCACUCUCUUGUGUGCCACAAUCACGCUGGAAAACAUUUACAGUGGGCAACUCAAGUCGAUGCUAACCUUCCCCUUCUUCUCCGCCCCCGUGGAUACGAUCGAGAAAUGGGCCCAAUCGGAAUGGAAGUGGGCAGCUCCCUCCAUUAUCUGGGUUCAUACGAUCCAGAGCUCCGAUCUGGAAACGGAACAGAUUCUGUCCCGGAACUUCGAGGUGCACGACUAUAGCUACCUGUCGAAUGUCAGUUUUAUGCCCAACUUCGGAUUCGGAAUUGAGCGGUUGUCUUCGGGCUCACUUUCCGUUGGCGAUUAUGUGUCAACGGAGGCUCUGGAAAACCGAAUUGUUUUGCAUGACGACUUAUAUUUUGAUUACACGAGAGCCGUUUCGAUACGUGGUUGGAUCCUGAUGCCUGAGUUGAAUAAACACAUUCGAACCUGUCAGGAAACGGGUCUUUAUUUUCACUGGGAAUUGGAGUUCAUUGAGAAGUACAUGGACAAGAAGAAACAGGAAGUGCUGAUGGAUCUCGCGAGUGGACACAAGGUGAAGGGAGCUCCACAGGCACUGGAUGUGCACAACAUCGCCGGCGCGCUGUUCGUCCUGGCCUUUGGCCUCACCUUCGCUGGCUGUGCCCUGGGGAUGGAGUUGCUGAUCCAUAGAAUGGAUAUAAGCAAAUAA